AUGGCGGCGUUACCGAUAGGAAUGCAGUUGGUGAGCGCGCUGGACGAUUCCGAGCUUUCACUUUUAGGUGAUGCGUCGUCGACUGCCUCGGAGCAUGUACAACGCACGCUCUUGUUGCCACUGGAGAGCGACGACGCGGCGCUUGACAUGGAAAUGGACGUUGAUCUAAAUAUCUUUCGUCCUAGUGUUAUGUUAGAUGCUGACAUCUUUGGUAGCGAUUCAAGUGAAUUAUAUUUUGGCUCAAUUUUUCAACCUAAUUGGGGCGAUGGACAGGAUAAUAUCGAGCAAAUGCUGCUAUGCGGUUCAGAAGAGGCAACUCUACACAAUCAUCAUCAGCAUGAGACAACACCAGGGCAAGACUGUCAGUGUCGGAACUUUGCCAUAAGAGCGAACCGAGUGCAGGCACAGCAGGAACGAGUCGUUGAUGCGAUCGCGGCGAAGGAUCAAAAGAGAGUGUUGCGACAUACUUUUGGAUCAGGGAAGAAGUUGUUGGGUUUUGGAUUUGGAGAAGGGGCUGUGAUGGACAAGUCCCAGCAGCAGGAUAUUGCAAUGACGGAUGGACCGCCGACGUCAUUUCUUCAUGUUGACGGCGCAGGUUUGGAGAUAAAACAGGAGGUGUUGGAUACUAAGGACGCUGUGGCAAUGGUAGCUACAAAGUUAAUGCCUCCGACGUCUUUCGCGGUAAUGAAACAGGAGGCGCCUUCAACGCCGAAGCGCGCGCUGCAUAAAGCACGCUCUUUGGCAGAUGAUGAGUUGUUUAGCAGUCCAUUGCAUCACAGUCAGCCAUUGUUUGCGGUUUCAAGUCCAUUGAGUACGACUAGUUUCGUGUCUUUGGAGGGUACGAUGGCUACGCCCUUGUCGACCACAUCGCGUUCUACAGUCCACUCUGGAAUGCCGAUGAUGCGCUCGCUAUCGCCUGCUGACGAGUUCGAAAAGAUGGCAUCAAGUGGUUCUCAAACAUCAAUGCACAAGAUGAACAUUCUAAGGGGAAACUUUCAAGUAUCUGCAGGACGCGACACCGUGCCACUUGUAAAGCCCUCUGCAGUGCUGCCACCACCGUAUUUUCGAGGAGCUCUUGACUCGCCAGAAAAACGACGCGUACAUUCAAAGACGUUUAGCCCGUUUGCCCAGUCGUUGUCAUUUUCGUUUGCGAACGAGUCUUUGACGCACAAGUGA